ACUGGGGAGAGAAGACCACGCCGGGCCCCCCUCCCCCCUCUCCCUGGCCCUCUCCUCCCUCCCCCUGGACCUCCCCUUCAUGACCCAGGAGGAGGAGGAGGUGGAGGGAAGGAGGAGGGAGGAGAAGUGGAUGCGUCUGGAGGAUCUGGAGGAAAGUGUGGAUGCAAUCAGUGACGUCUACCUGAGCUUCCACGAUAUCGCCAGUGGAGGAUUGGCUGAGGUGAUGGGUGCCCUGGGGGGUGUUGGCGGGGGAGGAGACGGAGGAUGGGGAGGGGGAGGAGGGGUGCCAGCCUUUCCCCAGCGCCUCCCCCCGGGGUUGGAUCUUCCCCCUGAGUGUGGGCGGCGUCUGCUCUGUGAGGUACACCGGAGGGCCGCCCCUGCGAACAGACACCGGCAUGGCUAUUCUUUGCUCCCCUUCUGGACGGCUGCCGUGGGGUGGCUGCGGGGGGCGGGGGAGGCAGACGUCCCCGCCCUGCUGGAGGACAUGAGGGCGGAGGUGGCGGGGCAGGCGGGGCGAGACUGCUCCGCCCUCUUCCCCUCCUGUCCCUCCUCCCUCCUCGACCCCGUGAGAGGACUACUGGAGGAGGAGGAAGAAGGAAGAGGAGGAAGAGUGUGGCUGUACGCGACCGCCGAAGAGGAGAAAGAAGAAGAAGAGAAAGAGGAAGAAAAGAAGAAGACGUAGAACAGGAGAAAGAGGAGAAGGAGAACGAAUGAAUAGAUGAAAAAGUGAGA